GGGCUGGGGCUGGUCGAGUGCCGAGCGCCGAGCUCGAGCUGAGGUAAGCUUGGCGCCGGUCUGAGGGUCCCCUCUCACCGAUAUGGAGCCUCCGCCGCAGGCAGUGCGGAGACAUCAGCAUCAACACAACCUGAAACACCGGUACGUGCUGGGGCGGACCCUGGGCAGGGGCACGUACGGCCGGGUCAAGGCGGCUACCGAGCGGCUUACCGGCAGGACGGUUGCGAUAAAAUCAAUCCGGAAAGAUCGAAUCAAAGAUGAACAGGAUAUGGCACACAUCCGACGAGAGAUUGAAAUCAUGUCAUCCCUAAACCACCCCCACAUUAUAAGCAUCUAUGAAGUUUUCGAGAACAAGGAUAAAAUGGUGAUAGUGAUGGAGUGUGCAAGCAAAGGCGAAUUAUAUGAUUACAUCAGUGAGAGGCACAAGUUAAGUGAGAGGGAGACCAGAACGUUCUUCAGACAGAUCGUAGCUGCAGUUCACUACUGUCAUAAGAAUGGAGUUGUUCACCGAGAUCUGAAGUUAGAAAACAUCUUGCUGGAUGAAAAUUAUAACAUUAAGAUUGCAGACUUUGGACUGUCAAAUCUGUACCAGAAGGACAAAUUUUUGCAAACCUUCUGCGGGAGCCCACUUUAUGCUUCACCGGAAAUUGUCAAUGGCCACCCAUAUCAUGGACCAGAGGUAGACAGCUGGGCUCUGGGUGUGCUACUGUAUGCUCUGGUUUACGGGACUAUGCCAUUUGAUGGUUGCGACCACAGAAACCUCGUCAGGCAGAUAAGCAGUGGGGAUUAUCAGGAACCCACCCCACCAUCAGAUGCCCGUGGCCUUAUCAGGUGGAUGUUGAUGGUGAAUCCUGAGCGGCGAGCCACAAUUGAGGACAUCGCUAACCACUGGUGGGUGAACUGGGGUUACCAAGUGAGUGUGUGUGACUGUGAUCCAGCUGGAAGCUCAGAUGCUCACUUUAUUGGUUGGCAACAUCACUCACGCUGUUUACUCUCAGAGGGGGAGCUGAAGUUAAAAUGCCCAAUCAAGCAGUUCCAAUCCCAGGGGGUGCUAGCAGCCCAGACAUCUGUGAAGAAAUCCAAGAAAGAGACUGACAUUACUCACAGUCUGCAUGAAGGAACACCCAGUACCAAGUAUAAUCUGAAAAGACCCAAAGGAAUUUUAAAACAGAGGUUGGCCGAUGACUGUCACACUCAAAGCACAGAGGUUGUUAAAGGAAUAUCAGAGCAUGAACUUGGCAUUAAUGGUCCCUCUGUUGGAGCCGUUGGGGGAGUAGAAGCAGCUCCUGUGUGCACACAAGCUGCUGAACACUCCAUUACAAUGCCAAAGAAGGGAAUCCUGAAAAAAACACAGCAGAGAGAAUCUGGUUAUUAUUCCUCCCCAGAACACAGUCAAUCAUCGGAGCUCCUGGAUCGGGACUGCACAACUAGUACCAACUCUAUCUGCUUUCCUAAGCAUGGCACAGGCUUGAACCACGCUGGCAUAAUUGCCCAGGGAAGGAAAGGAAUACUGAAGCACACUGGCAAGUUGUCAGAUUCUGCCAUGAACUGUGAAUCACCAUCAGGGAUUACAGAAUUGGCUCAACAGCUGAUGGAGGCUAAAGGCUGCAGCCUCCCACCCACAAUUAAUGACAGGGGCAGCCUCCUCGCCGAAGAGUCAUUCAAGCUGCACCAUUUACCAGAAGACAGGCCAAUUCGCAGCUGUGUCUCUGCGGGAAACCUGUUGCAUCUCGAAGACUUUGAAGAGCUGAGGAUCCAUCCACCCAUUCGCCACAUGAAAGCUUUCUGCCAACAGCUGGGUGACAGCAGCUCCUCUCUGCUCACGGACAUGGACAAUUUCACUCAGAUCUACAAGAAAGCUCUGGAGAUAAGCAGCAAUUUGAACUGAGGGGUUUGUGUGUGUGACAGCUGAAUGCAUGGGUAACUAUCAGAUCCAUUGCAUGGACUGGUUUGUCAGUGUUCAAUGGGAAUAUCUGAGGCAGGGCAAAAAUCCUUUGCAAUAGCACAGAAUCAGUCUAUAUGAAUGACAAGGGACAAGGGUUGGAAGGUCAAUAGUAAUGACGAGGUGAAGUGAUUAUAAGGAAGUGUUCUGAAUGUCCUGGGGUUAUUGAGGCACCUGAGGAGCAAGGGGAAUCGCAUUGAGGUUUGGAUAUCUACUGAAUUGACAGAGUUACGCUUUUGAGACUGGCUCCCAGCAUUGUUAUGAGGUGUGUUCUCUCCUGUUUUGAAAGGAACUCCACUAUUAGAAUUGAAAGAGCUGAAAGCUCAAUCUAUUGGACAGUCAUUUAUAAGUUUCAGCUGUAAUAAGGUUUGCAAAGGGUGAAACCCCUAAGUUGAGAUGUCUUAAUUUAUGAAUAAUUGUGGUGUCUUUAUUCAUAAACAGAAGCCAAUGACUGCAUCAAGCAGCAACUAGCAUGUGUAACAUUACUUAGAUAACUUAUUAUUCCUGUGAAACUUGACUGGAUAAUAUUUCCGUAAUGUAUAUUGUAUUUAGUUUGAACAUUGUUAUUUAUGUCAGUGUGCUCUUAUUGGUGACCCAGCCAUUUGUAAAUUCUAAUAUAUUUGCAUGAAAUGAUAAAAUUGUGCUAACGUUUUAAUUUAAAAGCAGAGCUGAUAGCGGAUAAUCUGUUUGGCAAGAUGCCAUGAGGAAAA